GCUUCUCUGCAGUCAGCAGCCGCAGACCUCUGAGUGUUUGUUCUGUUCUCAGCUGAAAUGGCUCUGGAGGGUAAAACUGCGGUGGUGAGCGGAGCGGCCAUGGGCAUUGGGAAAGCCGUGAGCGAGAUCCUCUUGGAGAAUGGGGCGAAGGUGGCCCUCUUGGACAUAAAUGAGGCCGCAGCUGAGAGUUUGCUGGAGACCCUGCGCAAAAAGCACGGAGCGGGAAAAUCGUUGUUCGUGAAGUGUGAUGUCGAAUCAGAGGAGCAGAUUAAAGCUGCCUUCCAGAAAACGGUAGAAACUUUCGGAGGAAUAGACAUUGUGUGUAACAACGCCGGCAUCCUGACUGAGUCAAACUGGAAGAAAACCAUCUCCAUAAACCUCUUGAGCGUCAUCAAGGCCACCUACAUAGCUCUGGAGCACAUGAGCAAACUGAGCGGAGGUCAAGGAGGCAUCAUCAUCAACACGGCAUCCAUGGCAGGUCUUGGCCCGUUCUCGUGCUGUCCCGUCUACACAGCUGCCAAGUUUGGGGUGGUCGGUUUCACUCGAGCCAUGGCGGGUGCUUCUGAGGAGUUGGGUUACGGGAUCCGGUUCAACGCCGUCUGCCCGGGUUUCGUGCAGACGGAUCUCUUAUUGAAAAUACCCGAUGGACUGGGACAAUUCCAGGCCCUGGGUGAAUCCUUGGAACAGAUGAAGGAAAAGAUGGGAGUUUUAUCUACGUCUGAAGUGGCUGAGGCCUUCCUGGAGCUUGCGAAAGAUGAGACCAAAAAUGGACAGGCCAUUUUGGUGAUGCCAAAACAGAGGAGUUAUGUAAAUUUCGCAUCACUUGUGUCAAAGGAGUAAAUCACAACAACAACAACAACAACAACAACAACAUGCACAGUCAGCUCUUAGACUGAAACCAAACUAGUCCCUUUUAGCAGAGCUUACAAGUGCAAACUGCAGCCUCCUCUUUGUUAUCUAAUACAAUUUAUUAUGUUGAUUUUCUCAUCAUUUUUGUGAUCCUUACUCAUAAAACGAUGGAUGUUUUGAUUUAUUCUAAAGUUAGAUGACGUUUGAGUCAACACUUGUGGUGUAAGCAGAAGUGGGAAAGACGUAAAUAUAAAAACUUUUGUGUUUGUCACAAAAAGGAAGUUUAUCACAAUGAUGAUAUAGUACAAUUUGUAUGACGUUAUGGGGAAUUAUUUUCAAGCAUACUGUUCACAACGUUGUUUUUUGUUUUUUCUAGAACCAUGUAUGUGGGUCUCUGUGUUUACUUUGGUACUCUGUCAUGUCUUUUUCAUUAUUGUACAACAGAGAAUGCAAACAGUUAAUCUAAAUCGGUGCAUUUGAAAAGGGAGGCGACAUAAGGGCUAUUCAGUUGGUUGCUGUUUACAACUUUGCCACUAGAUGUCAUAAAAUCCCACUUGAUGCUUCUUUAAAAAGAAAUGUGAUACUGAUAAUGUUACGCUUGUCAGAAAGCAGUGCCUGUCAUGUCAUGGUUUCAAUUUUUGAAUUAAAAAUGAAUGAAUAAUCACAAUAAAACA